UAGUUAAGUUAGAAUAUUUGGUUAAUCAUCUGAGAUUCUUGAGGACGUUCAUAAACAGCAGUAGUGCUCAACUUAAAAUGAAUUCACAUUCAUAUAAUCAUUAACAUUUAAUUCGUUCUUGUUUCAAUUUUCCACAUGCUAUCAUUACUAAUACAUACAUAAUUCUCAGUCGUACGUAAAGCGAAUCUCGUGACUGACCGAAAAAGUAUUAAAAUUGCGUACUUCGAACGACGAUUUUGAACACUUUUAUAGUUUUUCCUAUCUCACAAUAUACAUGGCGUUCCAAUAUAAGAAUCGGUUGACAUUUGGCAACUUCCGUAUUAUUUUAUCAGAUUCCCAGAAAGUUAACACCUGUGAUAUAUGUAGUAUGAAUCGCGAGCAGACGUCGUAUCCGUUUACGUGACGAUGAAGAACACUCCCGCCACGCCGGCGGGGAGUUAAAUGGCGCAGAAUUGUCUAGCAGUGUCAGUGUGCUACACACGUGGUACGAUACAGCGACUGAUCGCCCACGCAUAAUACUACAAACCAGACGGUCACACCGGCGCACAACGGUCGGUCGUCUGCAUGACGCGACGUGGAUGAGUCUGUCGGUGCAUACUAUCAUACGUGCUCGCGUAAUCGACAAACGUGCCGCACCGGCCGACCUCCUCGGGCCUUUUCAGUAAUCGAGAAGAGAAUCGGCGUGGAAUUAAAAGGGAAGCUGCGGCUGGAGGAGAAAAAGAAGGGAAAUCAAAGGGUCUGGAAAAGCGUGAAAAGGGGGUCCUCCGGUGCAGGCCAUCGGGACGCUCCUCGGCCCUUUCUGCCUCAGGAUGUCGUACGCCAAUCGAUUCCCGUCUUCGCAGCACACGCGUUAUCGGAGCAGCUGGGGACCAUCCUCAGUCACUGUGUUCAAUCGCGCCGACGUGCCUAGACCCUCGCCGGAAGAGGAAGAGUACGCCGAAUUUUAUCACGAGCGUCUGCACUCGGCCCAGAGCAGACAGUUGCUGCCGCUGCAGGAGGACCUCGCCGAUUGGAUCAAUAAAACGUUGAACUCUGAAGUAGUGACGGGCGAUAGUUUCUUUGAUGCGCUGGACAAUGGCGUGGUGGUGUGUCGAUUGGCAAGGGUUAUUCAGGAGAAAGCGAGGAUGGCGAUCGAUGCUGGAAGAGCGAAAGGACCCUUGCCGGUGAUACGAGGACGCUGUUGGGAGACCGCAGCUCGUCGCAGCUUCUUUUCUCGGGACAAUAUGGAAAACUUUAUCCAAUUCUGUAGGCGCCUGGGCGUACACGAAAAUCUCCUGUUCGAAAGCGACGAUCUCGUUCUUCACGGACAACCGCGGAACGUGGUAUUGUGCCUAUUGGAAGUGUCUCGAUUAGCGUCGAGAUACUCUGUUGAGCCACCGGGACUCGUGCAGCUCGAGAGGGAAAUUGCCGCCGAACAAGAACGGGAUCUUCACUGUCUCUCGGACAGUGGUAUAUCUCAUAGCAGCUUGAUUUCCUGGCAAUUUCAAUCACCGUCCCCGACCGAAACACCUAAGCCUCCUGCAGAGAAGAUAAAACACAGCAGUUCAGCAUCGGAAGUUGCGUUAACAGCGACAAGAUGGUUGGAUCCAGCCACCGAUGUAGUGCACGAACCGGAAAUGAGAAGGUCGGUGAGCGACAAUGGGCCAGCGCCGGGUAGUGACGGUGUGCCUAGUGAUACAACGGAGGAUGAGUGGUCCCGAGGAAGUGUGGAGGACCCGGACGAAGUUCCGUCGCCAUUAAGUUCACCUCUGCCCUCGCCAGCUGAGCCACCGGAACAUACAGGUCCUAUAACGGAAUUAGAUCGAAAGGUAAGGAGAGCCACGGAAGCAGUACAGAGACUCUGCCAAUGUCCCUCCGAAAGAUGUUCCAAGCUGAAAGUGCGCAAGGUUGGUGAAGGACGGUACCAUAUCGCUGGACGAAAUGUCUUCAUCAGGCUUUUGAAGGGGAGACAUAUGAUGGUCAGAGUGGGCGGGGGCUGGGACACCUUGGAGCAUUUCUUGGCGAGGCACGAUCCCUGUCAGGUGAGGACCCUCAACCGUGAGAGCACACCGCCUUCACCCCACGGCAACAAGCACAGCAACUUUCUUCCAAUUCGCGCCAAGUAUCGCAGUCCGACACAGGAAUCCGUCUCGGCCCGCUAGCCUAAAAGCACAGUGCCUGUAAACAAGUCCACGCUAAAUCACAUUCGUUCCGCUGUUAGUUCAUUUCGUACAAAUAUAAAGAGACACGCACUUAAUGCACGAUCCAACUGGACAAAAGAAUCUUGUUUCGUAUUCUUCUACGGAUCGUGUACGCACGAACGGGAAAUUAAAGGGGUGCCAUAUUGAUAGGGUUUAUUAUAACUGUAGCCUUUUUUGUUCAUGAUAGUCGUUGUUAUUUCUUUUUAAUUUAAAAGAUAGGAAACAACGCACGGAACUACUGAUUGUUGACGUAUAUACAUACACGAAUGUGUAACUUUUAUGUUACGUGACGUUGUAGAGAGUUAAACAUCAGAGUUUCUAUACAGUGUAUCCCAGAGCGCACGACUUUCCUCUGAGAGUGUGAAAUUCUGAGUCAAAACUUCCUCUUCCACUAAUUUCGUUAAAAGUGGAAGAAGAACUUUUUAGUCAGAAUUUUAUCCACUUUAGUGGAAAGUCGUGCAUUCUGGGACACCCUGUAGAUUAAUAGUUUAUUUAAGAAAUCAUUAUUUUCGUCAAAUUGAUUCAUUUGUUUUUGGAGGCAUCGAAUGACUAUCAGCGACUGUGUACAAUAAUCUCACAUUGGUGCACGAUUAUUAUUAAGUGCACCACUGUUUCUCAUAUAAAUAUAUGUAUACGUAUGUAUGCAUAAAUUACGCAGGAGAUGGUACUAUUUUUUCUUACAUGUAAUAAAGGCUGGAGAGGACUAACGUUUCACGCAUGUACAUCCUAACAAGCGUCUUAAUAUGCCAUCUUCUUAUCAAUUUACAUUUUAACAGUUUAUGCGAUAUGCCAAGAUACAUACUUACCUCCUCACCAUUUUUACAUUUAUACAAACGUAUUGUAUAGAUUUAUACAUAUACAUUUACUCUUGUACACUUACAUCGCUACAUAUGUUAUAAAAUAUGUACAACAUGUGUACGUAUAAAAAUGCGAUAUAUUUCUACUUUUUACCGUUCGCAUAAAAUAAGUACAGUAGAACCUCGUGUAUCCAAAUCGCUUCAGGAUUGUCGUCGGUUAUCCGGACAAUGCGGGAAUAAGAUACGAGCUUCUAUUAGCCAAACGCUAAUCUCGCGUAUCCGAACUUAAAAACUUAGUGAAGUGGGAAUAGGAGAUUAGAUAACCUCUAUUAUUCAAACGGCAUCGUCCCCCGGACUGUUCGGAUAAUCAAGAUCCUACUGUACAAUGACUUUCGCACACAGCAACGAUUUUCGACUCUUCCAUGUCAUACAUUCCACGGAUGACAGGCAUAUUAACGCUUGAUUUGGAAAUUGUCUAACAGAAAUAGGUUGAAAGGGCAAUGCACCUGGUAGAGGUAAUCGUAAGACCGCAAUGACCAAAGUUCGUAAUGGUAUGUCCAAAUGAUCACGGGCAGUAAUGGCUUAUUGGAAUACCGCUUACAUCGAAGAUAACGAUCGAAUAGUCGGCUUCGUCGUGGUUCGAAAACGACUAUAAUUAAAUAUGGAAGUGCAAUUAAACACUCAGGUAAUGUUUUUAAAUCGAGCUUGUCCAACUAAAUAGAACUACGAGAAAUUGUGCUUUCCCGAUUGAACAACUCCGUCUUUUGUAGAAGUGCAAACUUUAAAGUAAUUAAAGUAGGUAAUCUACAGGAUAUAUUUUCUGGAUAAAUGAGAUAAAGGGGAAAAUACUCGAUCAUUAUACAUGUAUGUAUAUAUCACUUACAUGUACUUACUAUGGUCAUUGCUGCCGCUCACAAGAGCAAAUCUUGUAGUGCACUUAAAUACUUUUUGCGAUAAGUAGUAUAUAUAAGGUAAAUAGUUUGUUAUAAGAUUUAAUCACUCAUAAACAAACUAAGGUGUCAAAAAAUUGGCACGUAUAAUUCACGUUCAAAGUUAGUCUUUGAAUCACUCCAUUCGCAAUCGAGAAAAAGAUAUAUCUUUCUAUAUUCUCGUAAUAUUCAUAUCCACCGACUCUGGCGAUAAGUCUUAUACACUUUUGGCACAUAAUCAAUAAAUCGCUAACACGCAGAAUGCUUCACAAUAACUGCAAUAAUAUAUGUUUUGUACUUUUAUAAUAAAUACGUAGGAUAAGGAUUAAUGAAAUUAAGAAUUAUAAUAAAAUUAAAAAAGCGUUUACUCGGUUCACAGAAAUGCAAGGGCACAGUGUGCAAAGGAAUACCAAAGCAAAGAAAUAUGCGACGAGUAAUGUCGGCACGAUGAUGAAGCUAUUAACGUUAUCAUUCAAGCUUUUUUUGUUAGACGUUUUCCUUAUUCUUAGCUAAAUUAAUUUUAUAUCAAGAAUUGAGUUCCAUAAACUAUUACCAUAAAAUGCGUGGUAUGAAACUUAUUUCGUUCAUGCUAUUUAUAUUUAUUUGUAAAUUAUAAAUAACGGUUAGGAGAAUUUCACGAUUGUGUUUAAUACGUGUUAUUAUUGGUAUGCGCGAAUGAAAGGAUUCUCGCCAUAUUAUAUUAUCGUAAAUGCGUUAAUCGAUAAGUAUGCGUAUAUAUAAGUUUUGCGUACCUGCUUAAUUCCGCGCAGAGUAAAGGAUGUUUUCGUUAGACAAAAUUCUAUAUUUGAUAGUUUCUCGCAUUUUUUUAUCAGCUGCUGCCGUGUAAAUUUUUUUUCAUUGUAGGAGUCCACCAGAGAUUUGUUGAACAUAAGAUAUCGAGUUAAAAGGAGAUCACAAAUCGAAGUAGGAAUUCCGUUGCACGUUGGCCAUUACGAUGUUAAUUUUUCCAUGAGUUUUAGUGUGAUAUGAUUAUAUUC